AUGGAAGACAAAACAGAUGAAUAUUCAGAAGUUGUUAGAAUUGAAAUUGUGGUUCCAGAUCCAAUACAUUACUCUGGUGGCCCGUUCUGCGCAUUUAUUAACGUAUUACCAGUGGAAUCUGAAAAUUCCAUCAAUAAAUCAACAAUAAAUAUAGAUUUCAUAUCAGUUAACCUUUAUGGAGUGCUUACAUUCGAUACUAGAGCAAUUACCAUCCCGAAAACUAACAAUACUCUUCACUUUCCAUUCCUCCAAUCAGAAAGAGCAGAACUAAAUAACGGCCAGGAUAUUUCACUGAUAUUCACCUCUAAUCCAGUUGUUUUUUGCACAUUUAAAGAAUUUAAACCAGAUUUUGAUGAACUUUGCUAUCGGUUUAAAGCAGUAAUCCCGCCAUUUCUUCCCCCCUCAUACCACGGGAAACAUGUAUCAUAUUCAUAUUUCUUAUACGCAUCUGUACAAUAUCGAAACCCAAACUCAGUAAAUGAAAUUUCAACAACAAGUAGAAAGCUUGAAUUUAACCUUCUUGGUUCUGUUUACUUUGACUUUCCACUCCUGGAUUCAAAGUGCUUCCCAAUCUUGCCCAAACCAACAGGGUUUGAUUUGUCAAAUCUGGAUACGAUGGAUGAGAGUGUGUGUGUCCAGAUGAUUGAAACCUAUCUUGGAGAAGAUGAAAGUAACCAGAAUUUGUUCUUCAGCUUCAAGUGUUCAGUGGAAGAUACGUCAGAAGAUAACGACCCCCCACCUUUGUCAAACAAUUCCAUUAUUUCAAGGGAUUUGGACCUUGUUUGGACCUUUUAUGAUGUUUGUAUUAACACACAAGAACACGUAGGAUCUCCCUCUGAAAGUGUUCAUAGCUCAUUAGAAGAUAUGUUUGAAAAGUUUUCAAGCCUUGGCCUUGAUCCUUACAAGAUGGAACAGGUUAAAAAAUGUUUUGAGAGUUUUCAUACAGUAGUUCAGUUACCAGGUGAAGAAAAUCCAGAUUCACUAACAGAACUAACUAAGUCGUUUAAGAGAAGGUUGGAACAAAGGCUGCAGUUAAAUCAACAAGAUCACCUGGAACUAAUUAAAACAACCGCGCCCAAUUUUUGUAAACUAGAUAGUGGAACUAAUCAAAAAGAAACACUGAGUUUUACAUUUGAUGGUUUAAAGCUGUGUAGUUGUGUUAUUUCUGGGUUCAAGUCUACUAAUUUGGCACAAAACCUUGAGAUUAGUGUCGACUCGUGGUUUUCAGUGCAUUUUGACUUUUCAGGAGCUUACAAACACUGUUUGAAGGCUAGAGUAAGGUUAAUAAGGUCAGAAACUUGCCCUGAAUCUGGGAAAAUGGAGCAAUCAACAGUGAUCGAUGAGUCGAUGAGCACAUUGGGGAAGCAGAAGUGCACCAUAACCUCAUCUAUGCCAGGACUCUUGGUUCCGUCCUUUAACCACUUUGUGGUUAAGGUGUCAUAUGAACUAGAAAUUACAUUCUUCUGCUUUCAAAAAGACGUAGAUGUUCAUGAUGUUAAUUCAAUUAAAGCUUCAGUUAACAGCUUGAGGACCAUUAAGUGGAAUAAGCCAGUCAGAAUCUUUCAGGACGAUUCACUGGAACAGGACGCUGAGGAUUUUCAGGACCAAGACCAGCCAGGACAUCUUAAAUACUCUAAAUAUUUUUCAAAAAAUAAGCUUUCCUCUUUCAUUUUCUCACUCAAGAAUAACACUCUUUAUAAAGUUAUAAAGUUAUAA